CAAGAUCUUUCAGAAGAAAAAGAAUUCGGUCACCUACAGUUUUCGUCAGUCCUUUUCCCUAUAUGGAAUGCAGGUCCUCCUUUUUGAGAAUCAGUAUUAUCCAAAUGGCAUACGGCUCACAUCAGCUGUUCCAGGAGCAGACAUAAAAGUUCUGAUAAAUUUCAAUGCACCAAAUCCUCAGGAUAGAAAAAAAUUUACAGAUGAUCUGAGAGAAUCAGUUGCAGAGGUGCAAGAAAUGGAAAAGCACAGAAUAGAGUCUGAGCUAGAAAAACAGAAGGGUGUAGUGCGACCAAGUAUAUCUCAGUGUUCUAGCCUGAAAAAAGAGUCCGGCAAUGGAACAUUGAGCCGAGCCUGCCUUGAUGACAGCUAUGCCUCAGGGGAGGGACUUAAAAGGAGUGCACUCAGUAGCUCUCUUAGAGAUCUCUCUGAAGCAGGCAAGCGUGGGCGUCGCAGCAGUGCAGGAUCGCUAGACAGCAAUAUGGAAGGGUCCAUCAUUAGCAGUCCUCAUAUGCGCCGAAGAGCUACAUCAACCCGAGAGUGUCCAUCUCGCCCUCACCAGACUAUGCCUAAUUCUUCCUCACUACUAGGGUCCUUAUUUGGUAGUAAAAGGGGGAAGCCUUCCCAAGGCCAUCUAGCACCUGGCCCAUCACAGCAGCCUCAGCACCCCCCCAUAAUUUCACAUCAGCAACACUCACAGCAUUCUUCUGCAAUGCACCACUCAGGGUCAGUUGAAGGGCAGACCCAAGCACAAGUGCACACCCACCAUUCUCAGUAUUGUCAUAUGCAGAACCCACCCCCUUAUCAUCAUCACCACCAUUAUCACCCUCCCCAGCAUAUCCAGCACCCACACCAGUACCAUCACAUACCGCAUUCCCAGCAUAUAGCACAUUCCCAACAUUCUUACAUACCACACUCCCAUUCACAGCAUUCCCAUGCCCCCCAUCCUACAUUGCCCCCUCCUCACCCUGCACACUCUUCCCAUGCUUCACAUCACCAUGGUCAGCCAGUUCCCCCUUCUACUUCAGCCAGCACUAAGUCCAAACACAGUGGCAUCAGCACAAUAGUCUAGAACCAAACUACCCUGCAAAUAACUGUAGCUCUAGACCAUAGGUGGGGAACAGUGGCUCUCCAGAUGUGGCUCUCCAGCAUGGGGCUGGGGCUGAAGGGAGUUGUAGGCAAAAACAUCUGGAGAGCUACUGUUCCCUACCCGCUCUAGACAUAACUGUAAAGGCACUUACAGGAAGCAGAAGCAGCCUAUAAAACUGGAUUUUUUCUUUUUAAAAAAUCCAAGCCAGAAGAAACUUAUUUGACUCCUUUGGCCUUAAGGAUUCAAUAGAACAAUUUAUAUUAGCCUGAUCAAUGCUGGUCUUAUGGUUGAACUCAGUGGUAACCUUCUCCUUCCUUUUCUCCAGUAGCCUUGAAAAAUAUGCUGCUUGCUGAAAACGUUAAGCUACUUUUUUUUCAUCCCCAUGACAAUUUUAAAUGCAUAAUGAAAAUAUAACCAACUCAAAAUAAAAGAAAAAAAAUGAAAUAGAAUAAAGUGUUGCAUUCUUGCUCCUUAAUUGUCAAUGGGCAAAAACAGUAGACCUCAUAUGGUUGAUGAAAAUACGUAAGUAAACUUUAUAUAAUAUAAAUAUAUAAAUAUAUACAUAUAUAUAUAUACUGUAUAGUUAAUGUUUAUGCUUAGAACAAAACUUUUGCGAAGUUCACAAAGCUAGCAAUAUAUACUUUUCCAGGAAUUCCACUUACCGAUAGAAGGACAGUAUAAUAGAUGAACAGUGUGAGAAAGUGUAGACCAAAACUAGAACAAAUUCCAGGCAAUUCAGUGUUCUCAAUAAAAAGUUCUCUGGACUUGGAAAUAAAUCUUCAAGCAAUCACUGCAAAAUGUGCCAAGUACCAUAGCAUUUAGCUGUUGUAGUCCAAUGUUGCUUUGUAUAAAUCCUUAUUUUAUUAACAUGAUAAUAUACUUAGUAUUAUAACUGCUCUGCUAUUUCUGGUAAGCAAACUAGUUAAGACGCAGUAACUAUACAGUAGCAAAAUGAGGCAAGUUUAAUUGUGGUUGCCUCUAAAUUUUGGUUACUCGAAUUCUUAGACAUUUUAAAGGCUGUGAUAACUGUGAAACUUACACAAUCCACAUUUCUUUUAUAUUCAUAUAUAUUUUGAUAAAAUACACAUGAAGAAUUAAGUGAAAGGUACUUGCAUACGUCACAUAAACAUUCAUCUCAGACCUUAAAAUGAGACAUUCAUCCUUCUCAGCUGCAUUGCCUUUUUAACAUAACUUCCUCUGUUUAACCUAAUUAAAAUACACCGCAGUUCAGAUUUUUUCCCUAGAGAUAAGUGCUCUGAAACUUGAAGGUUUAUUUUAGUACUGAGUAUAGAUUUUUAUAACUGUAAUUCCAUGUAGCCAUGUGCUGGCGGCAGGAUUUCCUCACCAUUCUUCUCAUCACAUUUGUUAGUUUUUACCCAGCACUCAGCAGGCUGAGUCUAUGCUCAAACCGUCAUAGUCCAGUUAGUUGCAAGAUGUCACGUAAAAUCCAACUGUGCUGUUGUUGCUUAUGUGUUGUACUCAAGUCAUUUGCAAAUCCAUAUAAGAUUUUUUUAAAUUCCCAAAAUCUAUUUUCUGAAAAAAAAAUUAUACAUGGAGCAUACUUUGUAGUUUCAGCAUUUUGAACCACAUCAGUCACAAGGACUGUACAUCUAAAUGGCAGAAACAAAAGGAACCGCAGAACUGCACCAGCUGAAUUGUGGAUAUGGCUUAAAAGAAGAAGGAAAAAAUGUUCCAGUGAGAGAUGGGUAAAACAACAAUAUGUCUGUUGCUUCUGAAUGUAAACAUGAUGUGUGAAGAUUACUUUUCUGUACUGGAUUAAUCCUAGUACCUCCUGCUUAGUUUUUCUCCCCCUCUCCUUCAUACUGUGGAUUAUAAUACCAUGAGUACCAGCAAAACUAUAUACAAAGUAUUUUGUUAAUUUGCAUAAAGCAAAGAGAACCACCUAGAGUUUAGCCUUUUGUUUAAACGAGUCCUCUGUUUUCACGAAUGCAAUACUUUUCUGUUUGGUUUCCUAUAAAUUAAUUUCACAUUUAAUGAAAGUAAAUUUUAAUGAUCAUUCAGGCUGUUCUAAAUUGUGCAGUUUACCUUAUGAGGGCUAAUGCAGCCCCCCUGAGGCUCUGUUCCUUGCAGUUAAAAAACUCUUGUUCUUAUAAGGGAUAAUAGAACUGUCUGCAUGUCAUCUAAUGUUAAUAGUGUUGAGGCUACACUCUACGUAUUGUAUAUUUGCAAAAUAUAUCAGUGUUACUGUUGAUAUUAGUUGAAGUAAAGUGAUAACAUAUUUAAAUAUGUAAGCUUUUCUUCAGACCUUUGUACCGGUAGCAGAGUCUAACUGUAAUUUAUAAGUUGUUCCAGAAAAGAUGAGGCAGGGUGGGCAUUUUUCCCCGUCUUUAUUUUGCGUUAAAUAUUCUACAUAACAAGCUGAAGGCCACAUAACACUGAAUAGUCAUAUUAUUUUAUAUUUAGUGCAUUAAUAUCUGCAGCACCUAAUUUUUUAAAAAAUAUAUAUUUCCUAUCUGCUUAUACUACCUAUUCGGAUAGCAUAGAGAACUCCAUGAAAGAUUUUAAGCUUCUGUGCUGUUACAUCACCCAUGCUUACAUCAGAUUUUUACACGUGUACUUUGAUGCUCCGUAUACAUACACUAAGACUCAAAUUGUGUUGCAAAGUCUGUCUUCCUGUGUGUGUGUGUGUAGAACAUCUAAGAACAAUCCAAACAUAUCUUAAGAUUUCUUUUCCUAUUCUUUCUUUCUAUAAUUAUUUUAAACAGUUGCAUCCUUUUGUGAGCAUUUGUUUUCAGAAUUCCAUUGCUUUUUUGGGGGGAGCAAUCUACCUCCUAGACUGCCAGUAAGAAAUGAAAAUGAUCAUUAUCAGUGUCUAUGGCACAUUGUUGCAGAAAAUACAUUUUUCUAGCAUGGAGCAAAAAAGAUAUUGAACAGCUUUUGUUAGGAUUUUCUUAUUGAUUAAAAAUCAGCACAAAGCCCUAUUGAAUCAUGUGUCUCCCUUGUCAUUUAAUAGUGUGGCUAGGUGAAAGAAGCACUAACUAGCUUCACUAUUAAAUGAAGGAAAGACUACAAGACCUUGUGAAAAUAUCUUUUCUGGGACAAUAGUCAAAUAUGUAUUUGUUUUAAUCCUUUUAAGUUAAAAAUGAAAUGUACAACAAUGUAAAAAAAGUAAUCCUAAUAUAAUGUACAUGUCUUGUAUUGCUAAAAAGAAGUCUUCAAGCAUAACAUUGUAGAAUGAUUUUCCCAUCAAGCACUGCAUGCAGCAGAAGCCUCUUGUUUCUUGAUUUAAAAAUGAGCUGAGAUACAGUCAGCAGCUAUUUAAACAAUAACUCUCUACAUGUUGACUUGCUGUUCCAUAUAAAGCUGUGCAUUUUCUGCAGUUAAGCAUGCAUUUUGCUGUUUCCGUUGUAAAAUAUCAUCACUUCUUGCCUGCAAAAUGAAUAACUGUGUAUAUAACCGGGGGUGAGGGGAGGGAUGACCAAUAAUCAGAUGAAAAUUGAGGGAGGGAAAAGAGUAGUGGAAAGGACCAAGUGGGGGAAUAGCUAAUUCUUUAAAUUGUAUAUAGUGUGUAAAUUAGUAUUAAUAUAAGUCUGCAGUCAAUUUCAGGUCCAGUCCCCUGCUAGGAAAUUAAUCCAAGCUUUGACUUAUAUUAAACUGUUAUAAUUAGGUCUUGAAUGCAGACUGUUAAAAGACUUCAAGAAACAUCAUGCUCACAAGAAGCUUCUGUUCUGGGAGGCUCAAGACCCAUUUUGUAACUGUUGGGAAGAAAGGAGUGCUUUCAUUUUAAUAUGCAUUGUUUGUAAGUAGUAUCAGACCUUCCUUAUGGUUGUAAAACUAUAACUGUGAUUAUGUGGAAAAUCAAAUAAAUCACUUCCAACUCA